AUGAAUGCUGACUUUAAGAACGCCUUCGAAGCUCUUCAUAGUAAGGUGAAACUAGUGAACGACUUCUCAUCUGGAAAGAAACUGAAGUCUGAAGGUUUCGACAACGAGUUAAGAGAAGUAGCACAAAAUAUGACGAAAAUAACAGAUGCAGCAACGAGACAGGCAGUUCAAAGUGCCUAUGACGCCGUUAGAGCAACUGUUGUGGAAAGUCAAGAAAAAGAGUUACAACAGACCAAAACAGACCUAGUAAAUGCUUUCUUAAAAACGAAAAGUCAGGUAGGACAUUAUGCUGCAGAUGGAACAUAUGUGCCAGCUGGUGGAACUUAUAUACCACCAAACCCUCCAAGAGAAGCACCUGCACCAGGACUACCUAAAACAUUUACAUCGUCACAUGGACACAGACACAGGCAUGCACCAAAACCAACACAACAACCAACAGUUCAAAAUCCAGCACAACAACCAACACCACAACCAACAGUUCAAAACACUGCACCACAACCAACAGUUCAAAAUCCAGCACCACAACCAACAGUUCAAAAUCCAGCACCACAACCAACAGUUCAAAAUCCAGCACCACAACCACAAACAGAGCAAGGACAUAAAAGAAGUAGAGAACAAGGAAACCAAGAAUUCUUAAAAAUGCUUAAGGAAAAUUAUGGUUACCCAGAUACUCUUGACUUUAGUGACAGAUAUAAAGAAGCUAUUAGAAAGUUCAAGGAAGGAAAUACUGACCCGAACCUAUUUAGCUUUAUGGUUCAGCACCAAAUGGGAUAUAAUUUCAAACCUGGAAAAUACAAGCUCGCUAAGGGAUAUGAUUUAAUAGCAUAUCAUCCAAAUGACAUGGAUGAAUUUACUCCGAGAUAUUUGGUGUCAGAGAUAAAUGAUAAUUCAACUAUCUUCAUGAAACGCGUAAAAAAUAGAGACGGAACGAAAGAAGAAAGGGUUAUGAAUGCGGAUGGCUUAAAUAGGGAACUUGUUAAAAACGGUCUCGGAAUAUAUGAAAUGCCAGCAGAUGAGGUACAAGAAACUCCACAGGAAGAAGUUCAGAUACAACCAGACAUGGAAGAAAUAGUUCAGCAACAACAGCUAGAAGAGCCUGAAGGAAACGAACAAGUCCCUCCUUUGGAAACUAACUUCACAGAACUAGAUGAAGAUUUGGAACAGCCGAAAAAUCUUGACCCUCAACAAGUGUAUGCGGAGAAUAUGGAAUCUUUCCAAGAGUCUAAGAAAAAUUCAGCUGACAUAGUAGAAGAAUAUCGAAAAAUGUUCGCCGACAUACAAAAGACUCCAACAUCAGAUGAAAAUAUUCAGCAUAGAAUGGAA